UCCUCCAUCCCGGAGCGGGCGGCGCUGAGCGGCGGAGUGGGGGCGGGGGCUGCAGGCUGCCGGAGCCGGCCCGCGGGGCUCCUGACACCCGGCUCGGAAGGCGCAGGGGAGCCCGGGCCAGCCGGGUAGCCGCGGCGGGUGGGGGAGGCCCAGCAUGCGAGCGGAGGCCCGGUGAAGCGGGGCUGGGGGGAGAGGCGAGGAGAAGGGAGAGGGAAGCGCUUCGGAGCGGGCCUGCCUGGCUGCCAGUGCUCGGAGCUGGCUGCGGAGAGGCGGCUUCUUUUCCUGGCCGGGCUCUGCGGCGCCCCGCUGCCUUCUCCGACCCGCUUCCUCGCCCCCCUCAGCCCGCUGCGCUCUGCGAGGAUCCCCCCACCACCCACCUCCUCACCCCUCUGCGCGCUGGGCUCCUAAGCUGGCUGUAGGAUGAGCCCUGAGGACUCCCAGGGGGAGACGCUGCUCCAUCGCCAGGCUGGAAUAUAGCUCAGAAGUGGGGUGGCGGCGGUGGAAAUAAGGAGCCCCCCACCCCCUCCCUUGAUGGUGGCCCUUCGUAGCCACUGCCUCGCAGCAGAGUGACACGCAUUCUUUGGGGGGGUGGUAGGUUGUUGUUGGGGAAGGGGUGUUUUGUUUUGCUGUCGCAAGCAGCCGGUGCUCCAGCACAAGCGAAUUAAAAUGUCCACUAGAACUCCAUUGCCUACGGUGAAUGAACGCGACACUGAGAAUGAUGUCGUCUCUUCACUGGGGGAAGGCCUUUGCGAAAAGCACACCUCUCAUGGAGAAGGACGUCAAGAAGUUUCCUCUCGAACUGGGCGCUCUGGAGCUCGCUGUAGAAAUUCUAUAGCUUCCUGUGCAGAUGAGCAACCUCAUAUUGGAAAUUACAGACUUCUUAAAACGAUUGGAAAGGGGAAUUUUGCAAAAGUAAAGUUGGCUAGACACAUCCUUACUGGCAGAGAGGUUGCAAUAAAAAUAAUUGACAAAACACAAUUGAACCCAACUAGUCUUCAAAAGCUUUUCAGAGAAGUAAGAAUAAUGAAGAUUUUAAAUCAUCCAAAUAUAGUGAAGUUAUUUGAAGUAAUUGAAACUGAAAAAACUCUCUACUUAAUCAUGGAGUAUGCAAGUGGGGGUGAGGUAUUUGACUAUCUGGUUGCACAUGGAAGAAUGAAGGAAAAGGAAGCAAGAGCUAAAUUUAGACAGAUAGUAUCUGCAGUGCAGUACUGCCAUCAAAAGCAUAUUGUUCAUAGAGAUCUCAAGGCUGAAAAUCUAUUGCUAGAUGCAGAUAUGAACAUUAAAAUAGCAGACUUUGGUUUUAGCAAUGAGUUUACAGUUGGAAAUAAACUGGACACAUUUUGUGGCAGCCCACCAUAUGCUGCGCCAGAGCUCUUCCAAGGCAAGAAAUAUGAUGGACCUGAAGUAGAUGUUUGGAGUUUAGGUGUUAUUCUUUACACUCUUGUUAGUGGAUCUCUUCCUUUUGAUGGACAGAACUUAAAGGAACUGAGAGAGAGAGUACUAAGGGGAAAAUACAGAAUCCCUUUCUACAUGUCAACAGACUGUGAAAACCUCCUCAAACGUUUUCUGGUGCUAAACCCAACUAAAAGAGGCACUCUAGAGCAAAUCAUGAAGGACCGGUGGAUCAAUGCAGGGCAUGAAGAUGAUGAACUAAAACCUUUUGUUGAACCAGAGCUGGACAUCUCAGACCAGAAGAGAAUAGAUAUUAUGGUUGGAAUGGGAUACUCUCAAGAAGAAAUUCAAGAAUCCCUUAGUAAAAUGAAAUAUGAUGAAAUCACAGCUACCUACUUAUUGUUAGGGAGAAAAUCAUCAGAGUUGGAUGCUAGUGAUUCAAGCUCCAGCAGCAAUCUUUCCCUUGCUAAAGUUAGGCCAAGUAGUGAUCUCAACAAUAGCACUGGACAAUCGCCUCAUCACAAAGUGCAGAGAAGCAUAUCUUCCAGCCAAAAACAGCGACGGUACAGCGAUCAUGCUGGACCAUCUAUCCCUCCAGUAGUGGCGUAUCCAAAAAGAAGCCAGACUAGCACUACAGACAGUGACCUGAAAGAAGAUGGAAUUCAGACAAGGAAAUCUAGCAGUAGUGCUGUUGGGGGACGAGGAAUUGCUCCGGCUAGCCCCAUGCUCGGAAAUGCUAACAAUCCAAAUAAGGCUGAUAUUCCUGAACGUAAGAAAAGUUCGGCUGUCCCCAGUAAUAAUACCGCACCUGGAGCAAUGACACGCCGCAAUACAUACGUUUGUAGCGAGAGAACCACUGCAGAUAGACAUUCAGUAAUCCAAAAUGGCAAGGAGAACAGCACUGGUCCUGAUCAAAGAACUCCUGUUGCUUCAACCCAUAGCAUCAGCAGUGCAACUACACCUGAUCGCAUUCGUUUCCCAAGAGGAACUGCCAGUCGUAGCACUUUCCAUGGUCAACUCAGAGAGCGACGUACUGCUACAUAUAAUGGACCACCUGCCUCACCCAGUCUAUCCCAUGAAGCAACACCACUUUCACAGACUAGGAGCAGGGGCUCCACUAAUCUUUUUAGUAAAUUAACUUCAAAACUAACAAGAAGAAACAUGUCAUUCAGGUUUAUCAAAAGGCUCCCGACUGAAUAUGAGAGGAACGGGAGAUAUGAGGGCUCAAGUCGCAAUGUAGCUGUGGAUCAGAAGGAUGAAAACAAGGAAGCCAAGCCCCGUUCGCUGAGGUUUACUUGGAGCAUGAAAACUACCAGUUCCAUGGAUCCUAACGAUAUGAUGAGGGAAAUUCGUAAAGUCCUGGAUGCCAAUAAUUGUGACUAUGAACAAAGAGAGCGUUUCUUGCUUUUCUGUGUCCAUGGCGAUGGACAUGCGGAAAAUCUUGUACAGUGGGAGAUGGAGGUGUGUAAACUGCCAAGACUGUCACUGAAUGGAGUCCGCUUUAAGCGGAUAUCGGGAACAUCCAUAGCUUUUAAAAACAUUGCUUCCAAAAUUGCCAAUGAAUUAAAGCUGUAAGAAAAAGUAAUUAAGUUGUAAAUUAAGUAGCAAUUUCGAGUGUUUUUGAGAACACCGAUGGAAAUGUAUAGAAUAAUAUUUAGGCAAUAACUUCUACAUCUUCUGAAUCAUGAUAUUAAAAAAAAAUUGAAACAAGCUGCUGAGCUGGGAGGGAGAGUUGGACUUUUUUUUAUAAGUGCACUACAGCAUUAAAGUUGCCUACUAUGUAAAAUAUUACCCCUUCUGCUUUAUUUCCAUUGCUCUAAGUCUUUGACAACAAACUGAAACACACAAUAUAUACAUUUAAAUAUGCCUCCUGUUUGUGUGGAUGUGAGAAUGUACAGUAUGUGUGUAUAAUAUAUUAAGUAUUAUAUGUAAACUAUUCAUUUACAACAUCAGAGCUGUACCCGUACCUCUUUGGGGGCUAAUUUUGGUGCUAAAAAUUGAAAUGGCCAAGGAGGAAACACUUGAGUUAAUAUUUAAAAUAAUUGAAUGGUUACCCAGUAAAUGCAGUUUUACAGUUCACUGCUGUGUUAAGAAAAAAGUGUGAAGGGUUUGGAUUUAUGGUUGUGAACAUUACUCCUGUUUUUUAAGUAGAUCUCAUGAGAUAAUUAAACAUUCACUUUUACUCAGUAAGUCUUGCAUUAUACUUCUCCCACUAUUUAUUAUUUAAGUCUGAAUCAAAUUAAAAAUUAGAGUUGAUUUAUGCAUUAAAAUUUGGGUAAAUGCUUCAAUUUCUCUGUUCAUGUUAAACACAAGUGUAAAAAUAUAUCCUUUUUAUCUCUUUUGUCUUUCAUGACUUAGUAGAAUGGGUUACCAUUCAGUAAGCUCUACCAUUUACUGCUAUAGAAUGUAAACAGUGUAGUUCAGUGAGAACAUCACGUUUUAGUGUCUUAUCUUGAGGUAGAAAUGUGUUUUUAAAAUCUGACUUGCUGGAACUUGACUUAGUGACAAUUUCAGACGUUGUUUCUACUGUAAAGGCUUGGUCAGAUUCAUCAGAAGAACAAAAGGACUCUCAGUAAACGAUAAAAGUUCUGGUGAGAAUUACCACAUGCCUGAGAUACUGACUUCCUAUGUUAUUGCUGGACAUACGGUGUCCCUUCCCCUUGAGCUGUGAGCAUGCACUCUUGUUAAAAUCCAAAAGUGGAAAGCCAAUGUCUGCUGAUCACUUUUCAUACUUUAAAUGAAAUUAAUAGUGAUGCAAGAUACCAGAUUGACAGUCAGCCUUAGAGAUGAGCUCCUAUCAUUUUAUAAACACAACAGCACAGGUGGCAGUGGUUCAGCCCUCCCCCUGUCCCCUACUAACUCCCUUGCAAUGCCCUCAGCCCAGUUCUGCGAGGUACUACUUAUAUAGGUGGGAAGAUAGUUCAGUCUCCGUGUCAAUUCUAUCUUUUGGUCUCUGCUGAGACUGCUAAGGAGGAGGUCAGCUGUGGUGAGCUUUUUUUAGUGUGUGGAGAGGAAAUUCUGUCUUCUCUGAAUUCUGCUAUCUUGACCAACUCACUUCCUACAGACCACCAAGCAGUCAUCAGAUGGUAUCAACUCUUAGUUGCUACUGACCUGGGCUGGAUUUGAAUCACAAACCUGGAUACCCUAAUCCAUUCAAUCUACCUACUAAUUUUUCCUUUCCUGUAUUCAGUUUGCUAUUUCGGUAAGGAUUUGUGUAGACCCAGUAUUAUCUAUUUGACUUUAUUUUAUAUAAAUUUAAUGCUUAUGGUCCCAUUCCCAUGCAGCAGUUAGGCACGUACUUAACGUGUGCUUUAAUUCAGACCCUAAGCUUGCUUUUUUAAAUUACAGUGAGCUAAUAUAGUUCAUCAUUGUGUUCGCAACUUAGCUUUGACCCAAGGUGCAAAUGCAGAAUCCCUAAUAUUUUGCACGUUAGGUUUUGUGAUCCAUGCUCUGAAAACAAGAAUGUCCUCCUUUAUACCUCUUCCUCAGUCUCUAGUGACCUUGCCCUAAGCAUUGAUAAUUAUGCUAGCUAAAGGAUAGUUAUAGUUGUUAAAUGCAGUAAAAAUUCCUGAAUUUACAUUUUUAAAUCUAGGUAUAUUUUGUAUCAUGAACUGGCUUUAGAACUCUUGGUGCAGAUGGAGCUUGAUGGGCUGUCAGUACUCGUGCUUACUUUGCUCAGGAUGGUCUUGCCAUGAAAACUCCAUUUUGUAAUAGCAAUAAGAGAUUACAGGACAGAAGUACUUCUCAGGUGGGGAUUCACGUAGCCUUUUGUUUUCUACAUUAAACACUACUCAAGGUGUAUUCUUUUCAUCCAGUAGUGUACUUCCUGUCGUCUCAUAACUUAAACUCCAUGUUCUGAUUAAUCAUAGCACUUAUUGAUUGUAAAUCUGUAUUCAGUGGCAAUUCCAAAGGUUUCAUAUGAAAUGUCUCCUGCAAUACUCUGUUCUAUUUUACCCAUUCAGUAUAUAAUUGUUUCUGCAAAGUGCAACAGUAUCAUAAGUUUAAAUAUUUUUAAAAGUUUGUACUUAAGUAUUUUUGUCUUAAAAUGUAUUCAAAAGGUACUUUUAGAAAUAAUCUGUAUUUGAGAUAUUAAAAUACACCAAAUGACACAUUUAUUAGCACUAGAAACAGGUUCUUAACAGCUUCCUUCUCAAAUAUAAUACAAAACUGUCAAUUGCAAAAAUGUUACGAGUGUUCUUGAUCAUAACACACACAAUGUCCUUCUUCAUUCUAAAGUGCAGAACCUUGUAAUUAUUUGUCUGGUUCACUGGUAGGACAAUCACUGAAGGAACUAUAUUUUGCUAUAUUAAGAAGAUGCUUAAUAUAAAGAUAUAGGCCUCAAUCCUGCAUGGUCACUGGAGAACUUUCAGCUCAGGGGACUGCCUGCUGGUAUGAGCUGGCAGGAUUGGGUCUAUAGUUACUUUAUAUAUCAAACCUACUUGUAAUCGGAGUCCAAGAUGUGUGUUGUGAUAAUAGCAGUCCUGGGCACCUCAAGAGAUGUGCAUCGAGCAACUGAGAAGUGCUUUUGUAACAGCAUUAAUUUUUCCCUAGAGAUUGGUAUCUCAUUUUCUAAAAAUGUUUGUUGGCUCUUGACUAACACACUGUGCACUUCCACCCAAGUCACUGCCAGGUCUGAUUCUGAAAUCAAGCUUUUCUUCCCUUGGCUAGCAGGUAAAAAAUGUUCUGCGUUUUUCCUGGUAUAUUUUAAUUACUAUAUUUUGCAAAGCUUUCUUUAACUAAUUCAGUUCAAAAUAUUUCUUGUAAUACAUGGAAACUCAACAGUGAGUGAGAAUUAAUAAGCUCAACCAAGCUUCUCUCUCUCUCUCUCUAAGCUUACAAUUCAUUGAAGCAAUCUAGUAACCAAAAAGGCAUAGAUCUGAGAGGAAUAACUGCAUUUGCCUGACCAGAUGUGUUUUUAAGACCUUGGACCAUGUUGUGAAGGAGAUGGUAAAUAAUUCAGCGUAAAGAGCAGUACUAGCUGUUCCUCCAAACUUUAGUUUCAAGUAUGUUACACAAGCCUUCGUCAUUGAUAUCCCUGAAGGAAGUGACACCCAUAGAAACUGGCCUGAUCGGUGUGGAUUCAAGGAACCUCAGUCUUAGUACAAGUAGCACAAACUCUGGGGUUCUAUUCCUCUUAUUAAUCAUUUGCAUUACGGUAAAAGUCAUAACCAAGAUAGCGGUCCUGUUAUGCUGGGUGCUACUGGAAACAAAAACAGUAAGAUGCAGUCCCACAGAACUUACUAUCUAAAAUAGGCCACGUUCUGAGAAAGGGGAGGUAUCGCUUUCCAUAUUUUCGGGGAAUGGAAGCACAGAGAUUAAGUACCUUGCCCAUGGUCACGUAGGAAAUCUAGGUUCAAUUCCCAGGUCUGCUACAGACCUGAAUUCUAGUCCAGUCUCUUAACCAUAAAAUCAUUUUCUCUAUGUAAGGCCCUGAUCAGCAAGGUACAGAACUACAUUGCUUAAUUUGAAUCAUGUGAGUAGUCCCAUUAGUGUGAAUGUUAGACACAUCCUAAAGCAGCUUGCUGGAUUAGGGCCAACGCCACUCCCUUUGAAUCAAUGUAACAACAUUUGUGUAUUUCAGCGGUUCUAGACUGAUGGUUUAUAUUGUGGACUGUGUGCCUCCCAUGCCCUAGAGCCUUUUGGUGGCAGUCUGCACGAUGAAAUAUUUUGGGAACCAUAUAGUGGAGGAGGAGAUGUGUGAUGUACUUCACUAGAGAGUGUUUCUUUACCCAAAUGUUUUGUUUCAAAUUUAUAUCUUUAAGGGCUUAAGACACUGCUAUGUUAGUACAUUGGUCUAAACAUGGUUGGAAGAACGACCUCUUUAGGAAUGUGAAUAUACAUUUCAAAUUUAUAUUAAUGUAUAAUUUUUCAAAUAAAUUUGUGCAGAUGG